UAGUUCUAAGCGAGAACUGGGAGCAUGGAGUACACAGAGGACAUUCACGAGUGGCAACAAAUUCCCGAAAUCUCUGAAUGGAACACAGUGGUGAUCAACGAAAACUACCUUGAGGUUGAGCUUCAAGAGGGUGGCCAAUAUUCUUCCACGAACGACUCAAGUCCCACCCAUCACGAAGACUCGUUACAAAUCGUUCCAACAAUGUUGAUAGACUCCGAAGAUGGAACUUCCUCGACCUUAACGGCGUCGUCUAGUUCGGUGAGUGAAGAGGACGAAGUGCCCGCGCCUCCGCCGUCAGAUUGGCGGGUGCGGGUGGCGAAUGAAGGGAAGAAGCUGUUGAAGCUGAGAUUGGAGGCUGUGAGAGCUAAAGUGGUUAGGGUGGCUUCCAAGGUUAGUAAUUGGGGAAUGUAUGCCGGGGUGUUUUGGUCAUUUAAGUAUGUCACCGGAGCUGCGGUGGUGGCGGCGGUGUUUGUGUCGUUAGUUUACGUGGGAAUUCGACAGCGUCGUCGGAAGAGCGUGGAUCAUUGGGUUUAUCUUCUUAGAGAGAAAGAUGAGAAAAUUGGGCAACUCUUACUUCGAAUUGCACAAUUAAAUGAAGUGCUGUCAUCACGUCGCAAGGUUCCGGUGCAUCGAAUCAACGACUAAUUACAUUGCUAUUGCAGAAUCGAUGAGGGUGAUGCAAAUUUUCCAUUAUUGACUUUGACUAUGUAUUGCAAAGCAUAUACGAGCUUGAAACUG